AUGAUAAAAAGUCGCAGAAGCCGUCGUGGGAAUGCUAGCAGUAGUAGCAACAGCAUGGAUGGUGGUUGGAACAAGCCAAGCCUGUUUAUGGGAAUGAUGAUUGGCAUGUCGGCCAUGGCCAUGAUUUUGCGAAUACGAGAUUCGACAUCCGAUCUCAAUUAUUGGAAUGACUUGAUGAUUGCUAGUACUACCAAUAGUGAUACGCCCAGCACAACCAGCACAAGCACAAGCACGAGAACACUACAUAAAAAGAACAGUGUCCAAUUACGCCCCGCCCAUCCUGCUUUUUCCGACACGUGGGACGAUUUUCAACGGAUCGAAGCGGAACAAACCGGCCGCGUCGUGGGUCCUCGCACCGAUCCUCCAUUACCCGACCGAAUGGUCCAUUUUCUCGAUCUGACGCAACUCGCCGAACACGAUGCAUUCGCAGCAUCGUGGUUGCAAUCGCGAGAGCAGUUCCAGAGUAUGAAAUUGGACGAUAUUGGAAUUUGCGAAGAUGCGGCCUUUUUUGCGUAUUCGAAAGAUGAUCGAUGGUCCAAAUUGCGCAUGACGGCCGAUUGGCUCGACUUUUCGAUUGAACAUUUGAGUAAGUGGUAUGUCAUGAUGAAUCCAUACGACAAUGAGAUUCCCUUGCAGAAUGCUUUGAAAAAAUUGGAACACUAUGUCCAAAGAGGCCCUCAGUAUCCCGUACCCAAAGAACCGGCACUACAACAAACCAUUGCCGUUAUUGCGUUCAUGGCAUACAAGAAUAAAAUGGCACAAGAAAAAGCCAAUCAACUUACGACACGCAAUUUAGCAGCAACGGUGGAAUCCUUGCGACGAGCCGGUAUGGGACGGGUCGUCGUCGUGGGCAUGAAGGGAGAUGACGAUCGCAAAUUGGCACAAGAAGCGUUUGCAUUGGUCCAAAAGUCCGUCGGGAGUGGCAUUCAACAAACCAAAUAUGGAAGUGAUAUCACACAGGUGGGACACAUGCAAGUGGCGUUUUGUGAUGGACGUCCCGAAGAUUCCAAAACCCAAUUUGUCGAUGUCAAUGUCCCCAAGGCGGCAUUGGUGGGAUUGCGGAAUGCCUUUUUGGCCGCCGAACGGGGUGACGUGGAUACUGCCAAACCAUUUUUGGGUGACAAUACCACACCCGAUUAUUGGAAAUACGUCUACUUGACAGAACCCGAUUCGAUUCUAAACACGCGUCCCCACACACUCCAAAUGUUGCAACAAUCUGCCGAUUUGGGACGGGUCAUUGUCCCGCAUCGCUUCCAACCCAUUCCCCACGAAACCGAUGUCCACGGAACCCAAAAUCGAGAUUUGUAUUUGCCCCAUGCCGGUGAUUUUUACGGUGUCAUUGAAUUGGAUGCACUUUCGUUGCAUCCGGACAAGUGUUGCGACGAAGCCAAAGGACCGAAAUUCAAACCGGGAUUGCCCCCCAAUUUUCCCGAUUGUGGUAAUUUCUGGUACAUGUGUGGAUUUACAUCGCAUAUUCCCAAAACUGAACGAUCGCACGAUCGACUCAAACAAUACAAACUCAUUCGAUUGUUACAAGGGACGCAGUUCGUCUUGUUGGCCAGUCAAGAACAUGGACGACGGUGUCUGCCGAAACGGGAAAUGAAUGACAAUGUGUGUGCCCUUCCAGAUGUUAAGGCGGCGAGUAGCUAG